AUGAAUCCCGGUGAUUUCCAAAGAUAUGUCUGGGUGAAAGGAGAGCGGAAAAGACAGAUAAAUCGAGAGAAGUAUGAAGAGACGAGGAAGCGGUAUUUAGACUGCGAAGUGGACGACAUCGACCCACCCAAGAAGCCAAAUGUCGUGUGGCCCGGAGAAUUUGAAAACCAAUUAAAAAAGCGAAAUCGAAAUCUUGAGAAAAUUGACGAAAGAGGAAAUGGAAUCGGCACACCAGCGAUACACACUCCUUCGGACACUCAGAGCAUAAUUUCCAAGUACUACACUACGGUAGAACUUUUCUUCAAGUGUUUCAAUUUACAGCAAUUCUCCCUCAAGUUCUGA